AUGUUCAAGAGAUCUUUCUCCAAAUCUGCCCUAAUUAGAAACUCCAUUCUAAAGGAUGUCCUUAAGGACGCCCAAUUCCAAGUCACAACUUAUGCUAGACCAAACGACUUAUGUCUCACAAGAGGUCUGAACGCAAAGUUGUACGACGACGUAAACGGUAAAGAGUUUAUCGAUUUCACCUCAGGUAUAGCCGUCACUUCCUUGGGCCAUUCUAAUCCUCAAAUCGCACAGAUUCUCUAUCAACAGGCCAACAAGUUGGUCCAUUCCUCCAAUCUAUACUAUUCUGCCGAGUGUUUGCAACUAAGUGAGAAGAUUGUCGAGCUCACCAAGCAAUUUGGGGGCCAGCAUGACGCUUCAAAAGUGUUCUUAUGUAAUUCUGGUACCGAGGCCAACGAGGCAGCUUUGAAAUUUGCCAAGAAACACGGUAUCUCUAAAAACCCAAAGAAACAAGGUAUUGUGGCAUUCCAAAACUCUUUCCAUGGCCGUACCAUGGGCGCCUUAUCUGUCACAUGGAACGCUAAAUACAGAACACCAUUUGGCGACCUAAUACCAAACGUUUCCUUCUUAAGCUUAAAUGAUCAAUUGACAAAGCUUCAGGACUUUAUCAAAAAUGGUAGGGACUCAAUUGCCGGGCUUAUCAUCGAACCCGUUCAAGGUGAAGGUGGUGUCUUGCCUGUCCCCGUGGACACCUUGGUUGGCUUGAAGCAAAUCUGCGCAGAGAAUGACGUCAUCGUGAUCCAUGACGAGAUCCAAUGCGGUAUGGGUAGGUCUGGGAAAUUAUGGGCUCACAGCUAUUUGCCAAAGGAGGCACAUCCAGACAUUUUCACAAUCGCCAAAGCACUUGGCAAUGGGUUCCCAAUCGCUGCCACGGUGGUCAAUGAAAAAGUUAACAGCAGUUUACAAGUCGGUGACCAUGGCACCACUUACGGUGGUAAUCCAUUAGGUUGUGCAGUCAGCAAAUAUGUCCUUGAUACUAUUGCAAACCAAUCUUUUCUGGAACAAGUUAAUCAAAAGAGUCAACUUUUCUUUGACCGUUUGGAAAAGAUCAAAAAUAGAUUCCCAGAACAUAUCAAAGAAAUUAGAGGUAAAGGUUUGAUGAUCGGUGCUGAUUUCAAUGAGUCCCCAGCUGCUGUGGUCGCUAAGGCAAGGGAAUUGGGUCUCUUGAUCAUCACUGCUGGUAAGACUACUGUUAGAUUUGUUCCUGCUUUGACAAUUGAAAAUGAAAAUAUUGAAAAGGGUUUAGACAUCUUUGAAAAAGCUGUUGAAGCUGUAUACGCCAAGAAAUAG